UGUACGGGCGGCGCGGGCCCAACUUCCCAAACAUUUCCGAUAUGUUCAAAUGAGGAUUCACAUGAAUCUGUGCAGAAUAAUCCGACUCGCGACAAGUGGGUCCACUGUGAAUGUACUUGUUUUAGUGUGACUAGGUGAAGUUUCCACGAAUUGGACGAUGGAGUAAACACACCUUACCUUACCUCGAUUGGUCCCUUUCGUGCCCAAAGCACCGGCCAAGAGUGCGUAUCGUAUGUUUGAAUAUCAUAUCAUGGAUCUUGUGCCACUCAGACAUAAACAUUGACGUGAUCUUGAAUCGAUUCUCGCUGCAUGAUUGCUAACAAUGAGCUCACCCAACCCCAGGGAGCGGCGUUUGCAACCCGAUCCCAACCCGGAGAUCCGUCUUCCAUCCAACAGAUCCGGUACAGGCACUGCAGGAGCCUUGAGAAAACCAUUUGUGCGGGGACCGCGAAGACCCAAUUCUUGGAGGCAUCCUGGAGGAACUGUUUCCGAAACUGAAGAGUUAAGCGAGUCUGAGAACGAUAAGGAUCACACUCCCCAAGAUGGGCCUCAUUGGACUUCAAACAAAACGACCGGGACAUCUAGUUGCGGCAAAUCACCCCAAGCGGCCUCCGCAUCGGUCAACCUCAAAGGCCGUGUCCUAAUUCCCAGUGGAAAGAAACCUAAACACACGAGUAGCUUCAGCUUCGCCAGUUUUUCCCGUUUUCGAGGUCAGAAGGGCGCCAUCCUCGGGGAUACUCAUUCAAAGAGCCUGGCUGAUGGUGUCUCAGAUCCACCAACAGCAGGAAAGGGCGCCAUCAUUGUGAGCAGCUGUGGCGGCAAUAACUCCAAUGUGGAGCGGUCCUUAAGCCCGGACAAUCAUGCAUCCUCGCCACAUCCUUUUCGUGACUCACACUCUCCCCAACGUGGGGGAGGAGGAGAUACUCUAAUUUUUUCAGGUGAUCCACCCUCGGGCUUGUUGUCCACCCCUCAUUGCGGAGGCCAACUGACAAAUCGCACCUCGCCAAAUCGAAAACUCAAGGAGGCCACGGAUCGAGUCAGUGGAAAGCUCCGGGCCUAUGCGCAUAAACUGAAGAAGGAUCAGGAUCAACAGCCACAACAACAGAUAGCUCCGACUUCAUCCUCCUUGAACAGAAGUAGCAGUCCCAGCUACGUGCGGAGCAGUAGCGUCAAUAGCUCGUCUUACGGAGCAUCUUCAUUCCGUCAGAAAACUCAUAAACGAAGUCUAUCGUUGGUGAACUCUGAGUCUAAAAAACACAAUUCCAUCGCUGAGGAGCCCAUGGGCGAAUCCCAAGCCCUGCAAUCUGAUCCUGGAACGGUGUCUCAACAAGAAAAAAGGUCGUCUCUCAAUAGUGCCUCGAAGACCAUCGACAAGAAAGACCGAGCUAGUGUCGUCCAAUCAUAUUCCAAGGAAAAAGUGGAAGGUGACUUGAGACAACUUUUUGAAUCCAGUGUCGACCCGAAAAGACACGGGGAGUCCAACUUCACCUGAAAACUUAUCCCUUAACACGAAGUUUUAGUGGGGAUCAUUAUCCCGUGACCCCUCGCAGAAUGGAUGAGAUCCAUUUACACCAAAUUCAAGAGAAGACUGUGAUUGGAUCCUAUUCCAACGGCUUGAUUCCUAUUCGAAGUGCAUCGUUUUCG